CUUUUGAGGCUUAGACAAUCGACCGAUCGACUUUCCUAUGAUGUCGAUUCCUCCCUUGUUGCGCAGUGUUCAGUCCUACAAUAUGAUGUUGUCUGCCACCGGCUCUUCUAGGCCAAUUUAUUCUCAUCAGGCACCCACGAUGACGUCGCAUUUAUCCGGGCUUAGUAAGCGCUCGCUGGCCUCCCUUCAACUAACUAGAGAAUUGUCCUGGACGGGCGGACAACGAAGGAAGCAGCCACAUGGACCCCCUAAUUGCGCUAAAACCGUGCUUAAGUCCGGCGGCGACUGGCGGAUCAUGUCGAGUGGGCUAUAUUAUCACUGCUCGUUGACCCUAAUCGCAAGAGGAGACUCUUGAUCUCACAUUCGGACCAUGGAGCUGGAGCUGGAGCUGGAUAACGGCCGGACGCCGGCUGAGACGUCGCGCAACGCAGAUCAUCUCUGCGUUUUGGUUCAUGGACUAUGGGGUAAUCCCUCUCAUCUGGACUUUAUCGCCACCUCGCUGAGGGAUCGAUUCAAGGAGGACCGCCUCCACAUUCUGGCCGCAAAGCGCAACUCCGGGAACUACACCUACGAUGGGAUUGAGCUCGGCGGAGAACGCCUGGCGCACGAGGUUGAAGAGACCCUCGAGAAACUCGCCAAAGAAGGCCACAAUAUCCGGAAAAUAAGUUUUGUCGGGUAUUCACUCGGAGGCCUGGUGGCUCGAUACGCCUUGGGGCUGCUCUACGCUCGGGGAUGGCUCGAUAAGCUGGAGCCCGUCAAUUUCACCACCUUCGUUUCGCCGCACGUCGGGGUGAGGCUCCCGCUCAAGGGGACCUGGGGCUUCUUGUGGAACAACGUAGGCCCCCUCACGAUCUCCAUGUCGGGAAAGCAGCUGUUCAUGAUCGACACCUUCCGCGACUCCGGGCGCCCGCUGCUCAGCGUCCUGGCCGACCCGGACAGCAUCUUCAUCAAAGCAUUAAAGACCUUCAAGCAUCGGUGCAUCUACGCCAACAUUGUCAACGACCGGUCGACUAUUUUCUACACCACGGCCAUUUCGUCGACCAACCCCUUCCAGGACCUGGAGAAUGUGCAAUUCGACUACGUCAAGGGAUACGAGCCCGUCAUCAUCGAUGCCACCAAGCCCGUCUCCAUUGUCAAGCCCGAGCGCCCGUCCUUCCUGGAGCAGCUCCAGCGCCAGAUCACCAGUUUCUUCACGAAUUUGCCCUUUCAAACUUUCUUCACGGCCUUCGUCAUCAUCGGCGUGCCCCUUUUUCUACUCAAUGCGGUUGUCCAGAAUUUCCGCAGUCAGCGCCGCAUCCGCCGACACGAGGCCGCGCACUCGCGCCAGAUUUUCGACCGCUACCGCGUCCCCGUCAUUGUCAACGAAGUCCAGCACGUCGUCGAGGAAGUCUUCGAGAGCGCCGGCGCUCGUCAGCAGCCCGAUUACCUUUCGUCAUCGUCCACCACCACCACCACGACGCCCGCAUCCGACGCCACGAAGAAACAUCGAGUAACGAUUUCCUCAUCAUCCGCGACCGACUUAGAAAGCAAGCUCGAAGAAGACGACAUCGAGCCCCUCCUCCGACGCAGCAGUACGACCGACAGCUUCGAAAGUGCAGCAAGAUUCCCCACGCUGGCUCUGACCGCGGCGCAAUUCUCCAUCAUCGAUUCUUUAAACGCGGUAGGCUUCCGGAAAUUCCCCGUCUGGAUCCACAAUCACCGGCACAGUCACGCCGCCAUCAUUAUCCGUGUACAGAAGAGGGGUUUCGAUGAGGGCAAGGUAGUCGUGAAGCAUUGGCUAGAUCAAGAGUUCGAGAUAUAGACGUACCUGCGACCGAGUAUUCUUUUUUUUGUCUUUGGGAGUAAGCGCGACCCGUAGAUGACAUGCCUCUAUUCUUAUUUGAAGCGCACGCUGCACGAUACUAAUUGUUCUAUACAAAGUGUUUGUUUCAUGGAUGUAUGUAGAGAAAAACUAGAAGUAGACAGACAAGAACUACGAGAUGUACGAC